GGAGCUCACAAAGUUAACAAAAUCAAAAACCCUACCACCGUCUAGGGUUUACUCUGCACUCUCUCUGUACAUCGAGCUCAAAGUCUUCGUCGCCAUGCCGCAAGGAGAUUACAUAGACCUUCACAGGAAGAGGAAUGGCUAUCGCCUUGACCACUUCGAGCGCAAGCGCAAGAAGGAGGCUCGCGAAGUCCACAAGCGCUCUGAAUAUGCCCAGAAGGCUCUGGGUAUUAAGGGCAAGAUGUUUGCGAAGAAGCGCUAUGCAGAAAAGGCCCAGAUGAAGAAGACACUGGCUAUGCAUGAGGAAUCGUCCACCAGGCGCAAGGUGGAUGAUGAUGUUCAUGAAGGAGCUGUUCCUGCCUAUUUGCUGGAUCGUGAAAACACAACGCGAGCAAAAGUUCUUAGCAAUACUAUUAAGCAAAAGAGGAAAGAGAAAGCUGGGAAAUGGGAAGUCCCUCUACCCAAGGUGAGGCCUGUGGCCGAAGAUGAAAUGUUCAAAGUGCUCAGAACUGGUAAAAGAAAGACCAAACAAUGGAAGAGGAUGGUCACAAAAGCCACAUUUGUGGGAGCUGGUUUUACAAGAAAACCUCCCAAGUACGAGCGCUUUAUCCGUCCUUCAGGGCUGCGGUUCACCAAAGCUCAUGUGACACACCCUGAACUCAAAUGCACUUUCAAUCUUGAAAUUAUUGGAGUAAAGAAAAACCCUAAUGGUCAAAUGUAUACCUCUCUUGGCGUGAUGACAAAGGGAACUGUCAUUGAGGUAAAUGUCAGUGAGUUGGGUCUGGUUACACCAGCUGGGAAAGUUGUAUGGGGGAAAUACGCUCAGGUGACAAAUGACCCUGAGAAUGAUGGUUGUAUAAACGCUGUUCUGCUUGUCUAAGAUGUCUGUCUGAAGUAGGGUUCUAGUUAACCUCAAAACGGGAGUCUUUGUGUCUUGUUGUGUAAAGCCACUCGUUUUUGGUCUUUCUUAUCAUCUUAAAAUAGCACUUGUAUCAGGGGAGAUAUAUGGGUAAUACAAUUUUGUCUUGCUUUUGUUUCAAA